UCAACAAGGGCACCUCAUGCUAAAGUAGCUGUUGAGGAUGUCGUAGCAGUUAUUAAAAAGCAUAUCGACCAUUUUACAGAGAGAAGUAAUUUUCCAAUUUCUUCGCAUAUAAUAUGGAAAACCAUGAGCAAGGAGUUGAAAAAUAAAUGGACACCAUAUAAUGUAUAUGUGAAUGUCAUAAACAAUAGGAGAAAGGUACUUGCUAUUGCCUGUGAUGAAUUGGGAAUUCCUUUUCGUGAAGAGGUGAAAAAUGUUUCACUUCACAAAUCAACGUUCGAAGACUCAGUGACUGAUCCCUUUAAUGAGUCGUUUGAACUGCAUGAGGAAAGUGCGGAUUUAGACGAAUUCAAAGUGCUCGUCACUGCAGCUGAAUGGGUGAGCAUACAAGGAGAUGAAAAAACAUAUAAUGAUGGACGUACUUAUACUACUCUCCGUUCAGGUACAUGGACAGAUGAACUUUUCGAGAUCAUUCAACGUCAAACUAAUUUUCCAUGCUUCUUCAAUUUCGACAAGCACAAAAUUUCACGAUCGGGCAAAGCUACCCAUUAUCUGAUCGUCACUGGUCACUGUGCAAGCAAACAAUGCAAUAAUCCUUUAUAUUGUUAUCUGGAUGAAGAACCCGAAGAAGGAGGAACUUCGCACUCCAUAGAAACGUCUGAUGAUUUUCCUGAAAAGGUGAAUCUCAUGCUAAAACCAUAA